AUAUAUCUAUCCUCCAUCUUACAAGAGGAACAGAGGAGGCUGCAGCACUAUCUUUGUUUUCUUCUCCUUCCUUUCUUAUCAUCUGAUCUGAUAAAAAGGAGGAAAAUCAAACCCACCACACAACAAAAUUCCAUUUUUCUUCUUUUUUUUUUUUCUGUUUUGUUUUGUUUUCUUUCACUUAAAUGGAUUGCAGACCAUCGCCGGUGAUCUCCUUCUCUAGUUUUUUCAGCUCAUUUUCAGGUGGGUAUUACGUCAGUUCCCGGCACGUGAUGUCAGCUUCCCACUGCACGUAUCAGCUUCCUGCGUUUCUCUGAUUAUACACGCUAUUACUCGACCAGAAAUUUACCUGAAAACUUAAAAAGUUUUCAGAUUUUGAACUUGCAAAAGGAAAAAAGCUUAAACCUUUACUUGAGUUUUUGAAACAAUGGGGCACUUGUCUUCCGUGUUCAAUGGAUUGGCAAGGUCUUUUUCGAUAAGAAAAUCGAAAAGUAAUAAUGGGAAUGGAGAUGGAAGGGAAGCUGUGGAAGCCAUGGCUAAAGAAGCCAAGAAGAACGAGUUGAUUUUGCGAUCAUCUGGCUGCGUCAACGUGGAUGGUUCUAACAAUUUUGCCUCAAUUUUCUCCAAGCAAGGCAACAAAGGAGCCAACCAGGAUUGUGCCAUUGUGUGGGAGGAAUUCGGAUGUCAAGAAGACAUGAUUUUCUGUGGAAUUUUCGACGGCCAUGGUCCGUGGGGUCAUUUUGUGGCAAAAAAAGUCAGGGAAUCGAUGCCUUCGUUUUUGCUAUGUAGUUGGCAAGAAAGUGUUUCUCAACGUUGGCUUGAUCCGGAUAUUGAUUUGGAAUCAGAUAAGAAGCAUCAGAGGUUUAAUAUAUGGAAACAUUCGUAUUUAAAAACGUGUGCUCUCGUCGAUCAAGAACUCGAGCAGUAUCGAAAAAUUGAUUCGUUUUACAGCGGAACAACUGCCUUGACAAUAGUCAGACAGGUACUUGGAACUUCUUCAUUUGAAAACCAGAAGGGUGAGCUGAUCUACAUAGCGAAUGUUGGUGACUCUCGUGCUGUUUUAGCCACCACUUCGGAAGAUGGAAUGCUGGAAUCAGUGCAGCUGACAGUAGAUUUGAAGCCAAAUUUACCUGCAGAGGAGGCAGAGAGGAUAAUCGAGUGUAGAGGACGAGUUUUCUGCUUAGAAGACGAGCCAGGCGUUCACAGGUUGUGGCUGCCUGACGAGGAGUCGCCGGGACUGGCAAUGUCUAGAGCUUUUGGUGAUUAUUGCGUAAAAGGUUACGGACUUAUCUCCGAGCCACUAGUUACGCAAAGGCACAUAACUAGCAGAGAUCAAUUCGUCGUGUUGGCAACUGAUGGGGUUUGGGAUGUCGUUUCGAAUCAAGAAGCAAUAGAGAUGGUAUCUUCGACUCCGGACAGGGCAAGGUCUGCGAAAUGUUUGGUUGAGCACGCAGUCCGGGCAUGGAAACGGAAGAGACGGGGAAUUGCCAUGGAUGAUAUCUCAGCCGUUUGCCUCUUCUUUCACCCUUCCCCUGUAUCCCAACAAGUUCAUCCCAUUACGAGUCCUAAAUAGCCAGUACGCUGAUGUAAAACGAGGCAAAAGUUGACUGACUGCCUCUCUUGUUUAUUGUAAUUCUCAUUCCGAGUAGGUCGCGACGUAAGGCACUUCACACUAUCUAGUGCUGAAGGCAUGAAACUAGUCGAUAAGGAAUUUGAGCAGGUUUGCUGUUGUCAAGGCAACUGGUUCAAGCUGGGUCCGGUUCAGUUCCAUACAAUUGGGUAGGCUUUAGGUUUGUUGAGAGGGAAACAGCUCGAAAUCCCGUGAACCACCCACCCAUCAAGCAGGACUUGGAAGGGCUGAUCCAGCAAAUUACUCCAUUCAAGCAGGAGUUCAAUGUAUUAAUUAUUAAUACAUAAUUAAUAAUUAUGUAUUGUUAUAUCAUCAGCUGAUUAAAUUAAUAAGGGUCUUUAAAAA